AAAUAGUUGUAGUGGGAUACGAAUGUAAAUGCUGACGUUUGGCUUUCUCAAGCCACAAGAACCGCUCUGCGAAGUAAGUAAGUUAGUUCAAGCGAAUGUGGAAGGCAAUACCAUUGAGUUGAAAAUCCGCGGCUCUUGCUUGUGCCCACCUCACCAGUCUUCGCGAAACACUAAAGUAAAACGUUGCCUGGCUAAAUAAAAGUCACACAGCUACUCGACCUCCUAGCUGGUAUUCAGUGAUACAAACAUUGUCUUGAAAAUGGCAUCAAAUGAUCCAGCUGCCUCAGAGAACGUGGAGAAUGAGUCUCCAUUUCAAAGUGACGAGGAGGUUCUUGAUGAAGCUCCUGCAUCCGGCAUUGUCGUUGAGUUGAAUGCAGAUGACACUGAGGUUGAUUUUACACACUGUGGACUCACAGAUUUAUCAGUGCUGCAACCACUCGGGAAACUAGAGGUGGUUGGUGCUCGGCGGAAUCGCAUAUCCUGCAUCGGCGACAACCUGACGCAAAGUGCCGAGUCGCUGAAGGAAGUCGACCUGUAUGAUAACCGCGUGGAGGCGAUUGAAGCUGCCGUCGAGUCAUUCACCAAUCUUGAGAUUUUGGACCUAUCCUUCAACCGCGUCCGCACGUUGGAAAACCUUCGUCUGCACAAGCUGAAGCGGCUUUUCAUCGCCAGCAACAGGAUCUCUAAGAUCAAUGAAUUGGGUAGUGUGCCGGAGCUGACAGUACUGGAGUUGGGAUCGAAUCGCUUACGGAAACUCGAGGGAAUGGAGGAGCUGCCGAAAUUGGAACAGCUCUACGUGGGGCGAAACAAGAUUACGAGCUUGCAGAACCUGUACCCGCUUGUGAAUCUAACACUACUCAGUAUACAGAGCAAUCGUCUGACCAAGAUCGAGGGUUUGGAGUGCCUCGUGAACCUGGACAGCCUCUACCUCAGCCACAAUGGCAUCGAGAAGGUGGAAGGCUUGGAAAACAACCUGAAGUUGACCACUCUCGACUUGGGCAACAACCGAGUCAAGAAGAUUGAGAACGUCUCGCAUCUGACAGCACUGGAGGAGUUCUGGUUCAAUAACAACCAGAUCUCAUCCUGGGAGGAUGUGCAGUGUUUGACGAAUGCCACGAACAUACAGACGGUCUACUUGGAGGCUAACCCGAUCGCCAAGGACCCUGCGUACAGACGCAAGCUGAAGCUGACUCUUCCAUCGCUGACUCAGAUUGAUGCUACUAUGUGCUAAGCGAGGAAUACUGUUGCCGUGCGAUGGGUUUUGUUCUCAGCCAUCAUCUUCACCCAAGCAAGUAGCGGAUUCUAGGAAUGAAGGAAUCCUUUGCUGAGAUGACUGGCUCUUUGCUUAUUGGCUGAUCUUCGUAACACAUUGCUGCAUGGCUUUCUCCUCACGGCCACCGCCCAUUGCCAGCCAGCACAGUUCUAAUGCCAAAGGUAAUGGCUACCAGGCGGUUUAAACACUGCUCUUUUGACACCCGCUGGAUACCUGUACUGGAUGUAGGGUCCUGCUUCAUCAUCCUUUCCUUUCUAUUGAAAUUCAAGCAAUGUCCCAGAUAUGAGUGCAGAAUGACCUGGCUGCGUGCAAAGAAGACAUACUAGUCGCCCUUUCGGGUCUCGGUUGCGCUGACCUUCGCAGACAUGCUCUGUACGAAUCGCAGCUCUACCCAUUCAACCUCUAGGUUAAACUACUGUGCCCUAGCGUCUCUUUAUCUGUCAAAUUAUUUUCUAAUUGAUUUACGAGUUUUGCCUUUUUUUUAAAAUACUUCAAGUAAAUAAAACGCCAUUGUGCUCAUGUAUUACUUUUUUUUUUUGAAGUACUUUAGCGUGUUGCCUGAUAUAAUAGCACAUUGCAUUAGCUUUGCAUGUGCUCAUUCAUAGCACAGUGUACAGUACAGUGAUUACUAGUGUACACGACGACUUCUACAACAAAAAAAGAAAUUUUCUAAAUCCUA